AUGAUGAUGAUGAUGAGCCGUGUGAUGUGUGUGUUGGCCGUUGUGCUGUGCUGCGCCUGCGGGUAUACCAUGGCGGCUGCUGCUACUGCUGUUAAGGCAGGACAGCGAAAGGCGGUGAUGGCGGUAUUUGAUACUUCGGUUAGCAGAACUGCUGAACGACUACAGAACGAACAGAUAUUGCGAGUGGAGUGUAAAACUAACCUUUCUGCUAUUAAAGGUAAAUUAAAUUGUACGUCAGUGGGAAUAACAAGUGAUCCCAGUAUACCAGGUACCAGUGUCAGUCUUGAACAACACGCACAACAAGAACACCUACAAGAAAAAGGGGUACAAGGUGCGGAACUUCCUGAAGGUGGUAUUCAAGCCAGUGGUGUCGUUGGUAAUGUGGGUCGUGAAGGUCAACACGGUCCUGUGGGUUCUGAGAACAACUCUUUUGGAAGCGGAGUUCAUAGAGAAAGUACGACAGACACAUCAAAUACAUCCGCACAGUCUACAUCUGCAGUAAUUUCUUCUGUGAGUCCACCGGCUAAUGACAGUCCUUCACCGAAUGCACCUCCAGAGAACAGUAGAACUUCAACAGCAUCCAAUAACGAGAAUACAGGUAACCAGCAAUCGCCUGUAGAGGGAAGUGCGGAAGUCAUCUCAGACCCAGAAGGAACCAGUUCCACUACUCCACCGAGGCCCGAGAACACUACCACAGAAUCACAAGAAACCAAUUCCACUACUCAGCCGAGCUCCGAGAGCAAUGUCACUGAUGCAGCAACCACCACUCCAUCUCCUGCACCUGUACCCAAUUCAGAGAUCAGCAACAUCGCUUCCACCCUAAAGAACAAGGCUAAUGGUGACAGCAGUGUCAGUCCUGUGUGGAUGCGCACUGCAGCACCGAUGCUGAUUGUGGUUGUGUUGUUCUCCGCUACCCUGUACUGA